AUGGCUACAAGGAGGAAAUCGGCAAGUCGUGUUCAAACAGAAACAUUAGAUGACCAAAAUCCUUCUAAUUGGACUUCAUCUCAACUUAAGGCUGCCCUCAGUAAAAUAGGGAUCAAGAUUACCGGAAAUUUAUCUAACAGUAGUUUAAGAAGACUGUAUUUGGACAAUCAAACAAAAAAUAGUUCCGCUACGAAUGACAAUUCCGAUAAUUUAGCUGAACGGAAUACAGUUUCUGAUGGAAACUAUUCAUUAAACGUAAGUGAUGCUACUAUACGUGAUCCUAUUGACAUAAAUACUUCCGAUCGCGAUGUUCACUCAACUCCUAUUUCAACCGUUCAACAGGAGAUUGCUACGCCGUCUACAUCAUAUGCGCACGCAAUUCCUCAGCUUCCGCCCACUGCUGCAUCUGCGCACGCAACCGUAAACAAUAACAAUCAAAAUGUAAACAUGCAAAACCUCUUGAUGAAUACAAUUCAACUAUGCCAGCAAUCUAUGCAACAAAUGAAUAAACAAGGAGAGCAGAUACAGCCAAGUUUCAAUCUAUCAACGGCUUUAGGACAUGGUUCAACUUCCCUAGGCAUUGCGCCGUCUUUUAAUUCCACUAUUCCCGUUUAUUCUACUAAUUCAUCAACUCCAGGAAAAUUCGGAUUCCCAGCUUCAUCGUUUUCAGCUGUUGACAUGGUUUCCCCCGAACUAAGGAACGAUAUCAUUACAGAUGAACAAGUUCAGACUUUUAGCGCCUCUAGCAGAAGCAACAGCCACUCCUUGCCCACAGCUUUCAGACAUUCUCUGGACAGCUCAGUAGAGACAUUAUGGAAGUAUUCUGUAGCAGACAGUACAAGAUCGCAUUACACUACAGGUUUUGACUUAUAUAAGAAGUUCUCCUUACUACAGGGAUCAUUCUGGACUUCAAAUGAAAUGCCGCCGGUUUCAGAAACUUUGUUAAUGAGAUUUGUUGCCUUUUGCGAUGAACAUAAAAGCUUAAAAUAUAGUACUAUUAAACUGUAUUUAUGUGGUAUAAGAUAUUAUUACUUGCAAUAUGCAGGAUUUAGUCCUUUAGAACAAUAUGGCAAGCUAUUAUUAUGUUUACAAUCUAUUUUAAAUGGUUUAAAAAAGAAGCAGAAAGGUUGUGUAAAAAGGCCUAGAUUGCCAAUUACUAUGUCUUUGUUGUAUAAAAUGGUUAUGCUAUUGAGAAACAAUUUUUUCAGUCUCUUUAACAAUGUUAUGUUAGAAGCAGCUUGUGUUGUAGCUUUUUUUGCUUUUUUGCGUUGUGGCGAGUUCACUAUACUUAGCAACUUUGAUUCGGAAACACAUUUGUGUGUUGGUGAUUUAGCAAUUUUUGAAGAUCACAUUUUAUUACAUUUGAAAAAAUCAAAAACAGAUCCUUUCAGACAAGGUGUCACUAUACCCUUAUACAAAAGUGGACACACUAUUUGUCCUUGCUUUGCUAUUAAAAAUUAUUUGUCUCUUCGAAAGAAAAUGUCAAGUAUUACAUCUGAUACCCUGUUUGUCUCUGAUGAUGGCAAUCCUUUAAGUAGACAAUUUUUUAUUUAACAUGUCAAAAUUAUUUUAGAAAAUUUAGGUCUUGAAAGCAAAAAUUAUAAUGUGCAUUCUUUCAGAAUUGGAGCAGCAACAACAGCACAGGAAGUAAGAUUAGAAGACCACUUAAUUAAAACUUUAGGCAGGUGGUCAUCAGAUUGUUAUCCUAGGUAUAUUCAUACCAGCCCUAAAGUAAUUCAACAACCUCAAAAUCAGUUAGUUUCAUCAAUUUCCUUGUCUUAAACUUUUGUACUGGCAAUAAAAGGAGAAUUAAACUUGGGGCUACAGCUGCAUCGCAUCUGUAUUUGGACUUUUCGAUAAAAUUGUAUACUUUUAUCAUCAAAUUUUAUCUUAUCCCCCAAGUUUUCUGUAUAUAUUAAUUUUCAUUUAUAUGUUAAAAGGGGGAUAACUCUUAAUGUUUAUUAUGUGUAUGCAGCUGUUAGUCCCCAGUUUUUCCAAUGUAAUUUCUAUUUUCAUAUUAUAUAUUAGUUUUAAUAAAUAGUUUUAUUAGCACUGGAUCUUUAUUUAGUCUGAGGAUAAUUAUAUUCCACAUUGAAAAACAACACAUAGAGUUACUUAUCACAAUAUUGGAUAUCAAAAGAGAUGCAAGGUAUACAUCAAUGAGAUAGUUCUGUCUUGGAAACUUAAGACUUAUUUAGGUCAAAUACAGUCUUCAACAAUAAUGUUAUUUCCAUCUCUGUCUACUUUAAGGAUGAAUAUAAAUUAACAAUUAUUUGGAUAAUUGAUGUUUAUAUAAAGGAUUAACUUAGUUUUAGUCAAUGAUAGGUUUUCCCCAUUUGUACCUCUUUAUCGUGUUAGCCUCAUUUUCAAAUUAUUUAAGAAAUAAUUCAUGGGGGCUUGAAUAUAUUGUUAUUUUACCACGGGUUGGCCCUUUAUGACAAAUAUUUUACCCUGAGCGAUAGCGAGGGGUAAAAUAUCGGCAUAAAGGGACAACCCGUGGUAAAAUCUAGAUAUAUUCAAGCCCCCAUGAAUUAUUUCGAUUCUAAUAGGACAAAUACGGCAAUUUUUUUGGAUCGAAGCGCUCUAGGUGGAGGCCAUUAUUUGCCGUUCCCAUAAAUUUACGCACUUUUAGAUUGGCGUAAAAGAACAGAGCAAACAGAAUAAGUGACAUGCUCAAACUAUUUACAAUAACGUAUUUAGAUAGAUUUGGAUACCUUUUAUUGAUAAUUUGUUUAUAUGUCUUCUAUGUGUAAAAAAAUAGGCUUAUACCACAAUUUUAGCAUCGUUUGUUUACGUUUCCUCGUUGUGAUGAUUUUCAGUAUCAGAAGCGUUUAUUUUCCCGUAAAAUGCUUAAAUUAUAACGUCAUCAUUCUAUGACGUCGUGUACUUCAUUCAUAAAAAUACAUAUGACGUGGGAGUACGAUCGGAACAGCCAAUGCAAUAUAUUCAUAUUUUACCAUGGGUGUGUACUCAAAGCGUUUGAAGGACGUCAUGUUAGGGAUAUACGUCAUCUAUAUUGCUGCUCUUGGAUCAAUAGCAGUGCCCCUUUUGUCAUCAGAUAUUUUCAUUACAUUUUGAUUGGAUUUUCAUAUUUUAAAUUUCCGCCACCAUCCCCACCUCUCUCCUUUUGUUGCCAGUGCCUCUGGGGACUAUUUAGUAGUCAUUACUAUUGUUGUAUAUACAUGUACUUAUAGCUGUAAUUUUAUGACCUUAAUUUUUGUAUUAUUUUUUUUUUUUUUAUACUGAUGUAUGAUUUUCUUUUAUUCUCUACUCAUGCUGACGUAUGAGUUUCUUUUAUACUACUCAAGCUGACGUUUGGGUUUCUUUUAUUUUUACUCAUGCUUACGUAUGAGCUCUUAUUUACUUUUCAUGCUGACGUAUGAUUUUCUUUUUACUUUCUCAUACUGACGUAUGAGGUCUUAAUUUGUACCCAUGCUGACGUAUGGGUUGUGUUAAUACUACUCAUGCUAACGUAUGAUUUUCUUUUUUUUUCACUACUCAUGCUGACAUAUGUGUUUCUUUUAUACUACUCAAGCUGACGUUUGGGUUUCUUUUAUAUUUUCUCAUGCUUACGUAUGAGCUCUUAUUUACUUUUCAUGCUGACGUAUGAUUUUCUUUUUACUUUCUCAUGCUGACGUAUGAGGUCUUAAUUUGUACCCAUGCUGACGUAUGGGUUGCAUUUAUACUACUCAUGCUGACGUAUGAGUUUCUUUUACAUCUUCUUAUACUUACUAGAUAUAGGAAGAUGUGGUGUGAGUGCCAAUGAGACAACUCUCCAUCCAAAUAACAAUUUAAAAAUUAAACCAUUAUAGGUUAAAGUACGGCCUUCAACACGGAGCCUUGGCUCACACCGAACAACAAGCUAUAAAGGGCCCCAAAAUUACUAGUGUAAAACCAUUCAAACGGGAAAACCAACGGUCUAAUCUAUAUAAACAAAACGAGAAACGAGAAACACGUAUAUAUUACAUAUGAGUUCUUUAAAUCUCUCUACUCAUGCUGACGUAUGAGUUUCUUUAAUUCUCAUCAUGCAUGAUGUUAGAUCUUUUCUAUACUCAUGCUGACGUAUGAGUUUUAACUCUGUACUCAUGCUGACAUAUGAGCUUUUACUCUCUACUCAUGCUGACGUAUGGGUUGUUAUUUUAUUUUUCAUUUUUCAUGUACUUAUGAGCUCCAAUUUGUAUUGUUAAUGAUGAGCUCUUAUAUUUGAUACUCAUACUGUUUUUUGAGUUUGUUUAUUUUAUUUACCUACUGAGGUAUGAAGGUGUUAAUUUUAAUCAUGCUGGACUUUUCGAUAAAAUUGUAUACUUUUAUCAUCAAAUUUUAUCUUAUAAUAUCCCCCAAGUUUUCUGUAUAUAUUAAUUUUCAUUUAUAUGUUAAAAGGGGGAUAACUCUUAAUGUUUAUUAUGUGUAUGCAGCUGUUAGUCCCCAGUUUUUCCAAUGUAAUUUCUAUUUUCAUAUUAUAUAUUAGUUUUAAUAAAUAGUUUUAUUAGCACUGGAUCUUUAUUUAGUCUGAGGAUAAUUAUAUUCCACAUUGAAAAACAACACAUAGAGUUACUUAUCACAAUAUUGGAUAUCAAAAGAGAUGCAAGGUAUACAUCAGUGAGAUAGUUCUGUCUUGGAAACUUAAGACUUAUUAAGGUCAAAUACAGUCUUCAACAAUAAUGUUAUUUCCAUCUCUGUCUACUUUAAGGAUGAA